CAGCGUGGAGUGGGUGUGUCGGCAGAGCACAGCGGACAAGCUAUAGUUCUGGGGGUGAACUGCUAAAAUAACGAAUUUUACAUUACAACAAGCGCUCUGGAAUUGCUUACAAAUCCUGUAUCUCCUGUAAUGUGCUUUGCUCAAGAGACCACUUUAAACUGAAGCACUUUCUCCACGAGUUCCACAAGAGUUCUUCAUCUCCUCAGUCCCCCAACGCCGGGUCCAGUUAUGCCUGUGGAUGUGGCCGUGCAGCUGUACAUCACCCAUUCUCCCCCACUGCACAGCUUCCUGAGCUCUUAUGAAGACUACAGGAAACACAACCUGGUCAACACCUGCUACAAACCCCUGCGGCCCUGCUUGAGCUCCAGAACCCACCUGGAGCCCCCUCGUCUGGGCUGGCAGACCCCAAAAUCCAAGGCCAAAAAGAAGGUUGUGUUUGCGGACUCAAAGGGUAUGUCAUUAACAGCGGUGCAUGUCUUCUCAACUUUUGAAAACCGAGAACCUGCUACAUCCGAACUGCAGUUUGACCUGGAAGACCUAGAGAACAUCACAGUCACUCUUCAUAUAAACUCAGUCCAGAGCAGAAUUCUAGACUUUCCACAGCCAGCGGCAGACUACCUAGAUUUCCGUAGCCGGUUGCUGAAAAACUUUGUUUGUUUGGAGAACUGUACUCUUCAGGAGCGGGCCCUCACUGGCACCAUCAAAGUGCGUAACCUGGCCUACGAGAAGUUGGUUCAUGUGCGGAUCACUUUCGACACAUGGAAGAGCUUCCAGGAUGUGGAAUGCACGUUUAUGAAUAAUGUCUACAGUUGUCAGGAUACAGACACAUUCUCAUUUGCCAUUGAACUGCCUGGGUAUGUGCCCCCUCAGAAUAAGGUCGAAUUUUGCAUUAGCUACAGAACUGGAGAGCAGACCCACUGGGACAACAACGAUGGCAGAAACUAUGGACUGGUUUCAACAUCUUGGCAACAAAACAAUAUAUGGAAUUCCUCAAACCAGGGAAAGAAACCGAAUGAAUCCAGGAUGUUAGGCAAGAAAACACUAGACAAGGAAAUGUAUAAAUGUAAAAGUCCGCUCCAGUCCAAUAGCAUUUUUCCAAACUGGCAGAGUUGGGGGCACAUUGCAACCAGUGGCCCCUAUUGGUGACUUGAGCUCACAUAAUUAACUAUCCAAAUGUGUUGAAAGGUUUUAGCAACAAUAAAUAUCUCCGUAUGACAACAGAAGAAGAUUAAUGUUCUCUUAAAAGCUCUUAAUAUGAUAUACCUGCUGAUUACUUUACAAGUAGACCUAGAUCAGCUGUCUAUUAGCGGACUAAAGAGGGAAGAGAGU